AGCGUGCCAAGGAAGAUCUAGAGCAGAGAAAGAGAGCCAUUAGAGAGCAGAUCUCCUAUAAUUUUUAGGGUGCCAUGAAUUCCUUUGUGUUUGUCGUGUCUUUCUUGACAAAAGAUCCAGCUAUUGGGGGUUAAGGUUAACCCCCUUGCUUUCUCUGUACAUAAACUCUCUCCUCCUAUAAAUGAAAGGCAGAGCUCCUGCCAGUUUGCCAAAGAAAAAAAAGAGGAUCUGUUCUCGCAAGAUCCGGGAGCAGGAACUAGGGUUCGUGCCCAAGAGUUUCUAGCUUGCCAUCGCUAGUGAUGCAGCCGACCAGAGCCAAGGCCGCCGCCAUGUCAUCAAGCUCAGGCACCGACGCUGAUGACGCCAGGAGCAGCAAGGUAAGCGGUGAGGCCGGCGGCUGCGGCCCUGUCGUUGAGCUCCCUUUCCAUCUCACCGAGAAGAUCAUCUACAGCAUCAGCCCGCUCGCGUCGGCGCGCCUCGCCACCGUCUGCAAGUCCUGGGCGGCCGCCGUCUCCGAGCGGCUCGCGAGGCCUGUCCCCCACCUGUUCGUGUACCUGCCGCCGGACAACAAGUCCGACCGCCGCGGGGUCGUCGUCUCCGUCCCGAUGGACUCCGGGGGUCCACCGGCAGAAGUGAUCCCGAACCGCGUGCGCUUGGCGGACACGAAUGGCCUCCGGUGCAUCGGCGCCAUGCCGAGUGGCUGCCUGGCCUUCGCCAAUUGGUGCUGGUGGGACACGGGCGUCCUCCUCGUCAACCCGAUCACCGGCGCACGGCGGAGACUCGACGUCGAAAGGCUAUGUCGGGACCCGGUUAUUGCCGCCGGCGGUGCUGCUGACUCCUUCAUCUCCAUUGGCACUGAUAAGCUCGUGCUCUGGUGGCGGGCUGGCGGCGGCGAGGAGUGGUCGAAGUGGACUGUGGCGGCGCCGGCGGCCGCGCAUCGGACCGACGGCAUCAUGUCAGUGGUCAAUUGUAACGGCCGUUUCUACAUAUUGGACAGGGACGGGCAGGUGUCCUUGAUCGACGCCACUGCGCCGCCGCCGCUUCUCAUAGAGAAGCUCCCGGUGGUGAGCCUGUGUGAGCAGUUCCCCACUCUCGCGACGGCGACGGCGACGGGCCACUUGCUCGAGUCCGACGGGGAGGUCCUCUUCGUCCGGCGAGUGCUCGCCUCCAUGGAACACCGCGGGGUCCUGUUCUGCACUCACGACAUCACUGAGAACCUCUCCAUCGUUGGCUUCGAGGUGUACCGGCUGGACGUGAAGGAGCGGCGCUGGACGGAGGUAAAGAAGCUGGCAGGCGACCGGGCGCUCUUCGUAAGCCCCGUGUCGUCGUUCUCGGUGCGCUCGUCGGAGACGGAGGGCUGCAGUAGAAACUGCAUCUACUUCGUCGACAAGAAGCGGUACUGCUCCUCGUGCCUCCGGGACGACGGCAACACCUGGGGCGUGUACUCCAUGGAAGACCGGGAGGUCUUGUUUAAGCACGCUGUCACCGCGCCGGGACCAUGCUCGUCGGCGACGUGGUUCUUACCUAGGGUAGUAUGAGAUACUCUGGGUUAUUUUGAUCCAUUUUCGUAGCCUAAGGUUUAGAAGGCGUGUAAACCAUGAAAAUAAUACUUUUUUAAUAUUCC